AUGUUUGCAGGACAGGCCAACAAUGAUGCACUUGCACAACCAGGAUUGCAUGAAUAUCAAACUGAGGAGGAAGAACCUCUGUCACUGAUUGAUGACAACAAUAUUCCUAGUGGUCUUCCUGAACCUCAGAAGCCUGUUGUUCUCCAUCAUCUUCCAGGAAUGACAUCCUCCAACCCUAUACCCAAUGGGCACAGUUUUGAAAUUGACUAUGGUGGAGAACAGAAGUUUGAAUCUGACGGAGGGAACACCAGCAGCAAAGAAGGUGAAGAUGAGGAAGAGGGAGAGGAGAAUGAUCUCCAUGGGUCUCCAGAUGCCUUCCGGUCAUUCCCAAAUAGAAAUUCUUGGCUUCGGACUUCCCUACGACGUACCCCUCCAAGAUCUGCAUUGGAUUCUCCACAUCGACGUUGUGGAUCCCUCCGAGUGCCCAACAAGCCGAGGCUGAGCUCAAGUGCCUUGGCGAGUGCUUUAUACCGAAGUAGCAGCUUCACGUCCAGUGGAAGAGGGAGUGGCGGGGAUGCAGAGGAGCACUGCUCAGACGUCUCCCUCGAGGAAGACGUGCUUGAUCUCAAUCAUAAAGUUCAACAGCUUCAGGAUCAGGUGAAUGCCCUGGCAGAAUCCCAGACAAACACAGAUGAUCGGUAUCAGAGAGUGAAGCAGGAAAAUUCCUCCCUCACUACUAGGGUGCACAUGCUAGAAGAGCAGCUGAGGGAGGUAGAGCUGAGAUGUGAAGAGAGACUGGCUGAAGAGCAACAGAGGGGACGAGAUCUCAUGGCUCGCCUGGACCGAGAAAGACAGCUUCAGCUUGAAAACUAUCAGAUCAGGUACUGGUCUGCCACUUUGCCUGGAACCCAUGAUAACUUAACCUUCUGUGGCACCAAAUCUUCGACCAUUCAGUUGAUUCAAUUGAAUCUUUGUGGUGUGGAGGUCCAAUGUCCAAAGCUGCAUGGUAGCCAUUCUCUUUCUGCCACCACCUCUGGGUUGCAGAGCUUGGAAAGAGACCAUACACUAGCCCAAGAGGAGGCAAGUCGACUCAGGAGCCAGGUGGAGCGUUUAAAGAGUGAGAAAGGAUCUGUAGAAGAUCAGCUAUCUGAAUCAGAGCAUGCCCUUUCUGUGCUGAAGGAAGAACAUCGAAAGCUCCAGGAAGCCUGCUGGCAGCAGCAGGCUGACUUCAGACAAGAGAGAUCUGCUUCCAACCAGUUAUUGGAGGAGAUGUCAAAGGAGCUAAAUGGUUUACGACAUGGAACAUGCACUCCUGCAUGCCAUCGUCAUCCUCUCCUUCAAGAUCUCCAAGACGAGGUGCAGAAGCUCCGAGAUGAGAAUGAAAGACUAAGGGAGACAAAUGAAGAGCUGCAGGCAACCCUAUUAACAAAAGGCCUUGAAGAAGGGAGACGGUUGUUGUCUCAGAGUGGCCUGGAGACCAGUCUUGCCUCUGAAUUUCAGGAAAUGACAAAUGAUGAGGUAAACCACGUGUACGAAGCACUGAAGGAUCAGCAGGAGGUGAACUCCCGCCUUAGAGCCUACAUUGAUGGUAUCCUCCUCAAUAUAGUUGAGAAUCAUCCUCAGUUACUGGAAGUGAAGAACAAGAAGUGAAGAUGAAUCAAUGUGAUUCUUUGUCAAUGCCAUCCAACUUUGUGAUACCCGAAGAGGACAGCUAUUUUGCCUGUACAAUCAACAGUCCUAAUUUUAUGCUCUUAUUGAGAUUCUUUAUUGGCAUUGUGUCAAUAUGAAUGAAAAUUUUUUGGAUGA